CGGUACAUGGGCACGCCCAACCUGACGGACAACUACCGCGGCUACGACGAGGCGGACUUGACGAAGCACGCGGGCAACCUCAACGAGAAGAUGUUUCUGCUGAUCCACGGCACGGCCGACGACACCGUGCACUACCAGCAGAGCAUGCUGCUGGUGAAGGCGCUGGCCAAGGAGGGCGUCAUCUUCCGUCACCAGACGUAUCCAGACGAAGGAAACAGCUUCGACGGCGUCAAGAGUCAUCUCUACAAGGUGCUAGAAGGCUUCUUUGACGAUUGCUUCGGACCUCUCGACUUUGCCGAGUGGGAGGUUGGCACGAGCUUCUUCACUUUCAAGCAAUAGUGGGCAGCACUAGCAGAGUACGGAACAUAAGUACUUGUGACUGGAACCACUUGAACUGUUGAGUUCUUCACAGUUGGUGUUACUAUGGUGUGCGUUGUGUGUAGGAGGAAAGUCACUGUGGAACACGUAGAUUUCCAUGUUGAUGUGCCUGUUUACCAGUCAGGGAGAAUCGGAGUGAUAGCCUUUAUCCUGAGGAAGGAAUAUUGAAUAUCCUUCCUAUGUGUUUAAAAUUUUAUGCAAAUGUUU